UGCGCACUAGCUUCUACCUCACCUUUUUCCGCCAGUUACUUUUGAAUUUACUUCCCUCUUCAACCACUGAAUGUUUUAAACCUACGUUUCUUCGUCAAAUGAGGGGCGGCCAUCUGUAUAUAAUUGUUUUAGCGACUGUUUACACGCUCGUCUGUCCUCUGUGUUGUCGAAAUGUGAGCUCGGUUGAGACUCGGACGAAGUUAAACGGCUCUGCGGUUGAUUUCCACUCGUUCAGAGAGCAGUUUCACCGCAGGUAUGAAGUCACCAGCGAGGAAUUUAAGCGCCGUCAUCUCUAUUUUCAGAAUGCUACAGGGCGGCACGCAUACCUGAACUCACUCUCCGCAGGACCACAGUCCGCCAAGUAUGGCAUCAACCGGUUCUCUGACCUCUCACAGAAGGAAUUCAGAGAUCUCUACCUCCGAGCGAGCGCUGACAGAGCUCCUCUCUUCUCUGGACUGAAGACAGAGCGGCUCCCAGCCAAAUUUGACUGGAGGGACAAAGCAGUGGUGGCGCCGGUCCAGAACCAAGAAGCAUGUGGGAGCUGUUGGGCAUUUAGCGUGGUUGGUGCCAUGCAGUCUGUCCAUGCCAUAGGAGGCUCGCAGCUGGAGCAGCUCAGUGUGCAGCAGGUUCUGGACUGCUCCUACAAAAAUGAGGGCUGCAGUGGAGGCUCCACGUUACGGGCCCUGAGUUGGUUAAAGCAAACCAGAGUGAAAGUGGUGCCUUGGUCAGAGUACCCCUACAAAGCCAAGACGGGGAUCUGCCAUUUUUUCUCUCAGUCACAUGACGGUGUUGCUGUGAAGAACUUCAUUGCUCAUGACUUCAGCGGUCGAGAGGAGGCAAUGAUGGGUCAGCUGGUGGAGUGCGGUCCCUUGGCAGCUAUCGUGGAUGCUGUCAGCUGGCAGGAUUACCUGGGUGGAAUCAUCCAGCACCACUGCUCCAGCCAAUGGUCUAACCAUGCUGUCCUGGUAGUUGGAUACAACACUAUGGGGGAUGUUCCAUACUGGAUUGUGCAGAACUCCUGGGGAACCACAUGGGGCGAUGAGGGUUAUGUUUAUAUAAAAAUCGGUGGAAACGUUUGUGGUAUUGCAGAUUCUGUGGCGGCAGUUCUCCUUUGACGAGAUUGUGUGUAUCUGUGUCAUUGUAUGUGUUUGUGUGAGUGUGCUGCCAAAAUUAAAUCAAUUAUCUGUU